UCCUUUAAUUAGUCACAGGGACUUUCUUGCAUUUUGGAAUAGCUCUGAGGCUAGGUUCACACUAAUGCAUUGCGGUACAUCGCAUGUGAUUCGUACAGGAACCGCACCGCAUUCCUAUGCAAAUCACAUGCGAAUUGUGUGUGUCUGGUCUGCACAUGCUCGAGAACAGGGGCGGACUGACCAUUCAGAAACUCGGGAACUGCCCGAGGGCCCGGGGUCAGUCAGGGGCCCCAUGAGAUGCCCCUGGUACAUUUCAUAGACUUUUUUGAGCGUGGUUUAAGUGUGGGUGAGGACUCAGGGGCCCCAUGAUCCCCUAUUGCCCGGGGGCCCCAUGAGUUGUCAGUCCGCCCCUG